AUGGCCGAGCCGUCGCACCUGACAGACCCUCUUUGGCCAGACGUCGACCCGAAGGCAGAGAAGUCGGCGCAGUUUGUUCUUCAAGAUCACCAGCAUCUCCACCGCCUCUGCAUGGACUCGCUACCCUCGCCUUUCAAGUUGAUGGAGAGUGACUAUGUUGAAACUUCGCCGGGCUCUGGCGUUCUGCAACAUUACGCAAACGGGAGUUCGAAAGCUGUCGGGUUUUCGGUGGUCGUGCCGCAUCCAACUAACGACCGAGUAUCACCAUUCUGGAGGUUAACUCGCAAGGCAUCCUAUUGUUUUGUGGCACAAGAGCAGCAGUUUGCUCAAACGAAGCUCGGAUUCUCGCGCAGUCUGGAUGAGAAUUGGCUUGCCGGUGGCAUGGUUCAUUACGUUGUGCAUCCCACCGUUGCAGAUAUGACCAUCGCAGAGUUUCAAGCCGAGUUGCUCACUCUAUUUAGCACCCAGUGCGGCGUUGGCAUGGGCAGUGACAGUGGGUUGAGUACGUCCGCACUCAGCACGUCAGUCAGUGCGCCGGCGUUGACCCGACUCGAGCUCUCGUCAGCUGCAUGGUUCACGACAACUUGGCUCUGCGCCAGCUUUCUCUCGACGACGCCAUGCAGCAUGAAGAUCUUUGCUGGUAUCUCUACUGUGCCAUCUUGCAAACAACUUUCUCACUGGGAGGACUGCAGUUUAGAGACCAGGUCAACACAUUCCUGGCUGACUGCGCUUUGGAAUUUGGCUUUCCAAGCGCUGAAGUCAAGACCGACGAGCCGAGUCAUCCUGCUUCUUCUGAGCCCACGAUGCGCACCUAA